GCCGCUGCCGCCUCAGCUGCCUCAGCCGCCUCAGCUGCGGUGGCCGCCGCCUCGCGCCCGCCCGCCCGGUUACCUCAGCGGCGCGGGGCCGCCGUCCGCGCGGGACAGCACAUUGGAGAUAUAUUUCCACAGCAUCUGGCUUUUCUUGUUCCUGUUCAGAAGUCAGUAGUCAGUGUAACUGCUACCUCUGGAGGACUGUCUAUGAGAGAGAAGCUCCUCACGUGAUUCCAUGUAAAUACCUAGGACUGGGCUUUUCUAGAUCAUAUGGUCGGUGGUUCUGUGACAAACGCCCGUCCUGUACAUCCCCAGUCGUGCUUAUGAUGCUCUGAGUUACAUAAGCUGAGCCUUUGCUGUCUGUGGAUCUGCUCUGAACCAUACAGCCUGCCUAUGGGAGAAGCAUCUCAUCUCUACGCGGGAGAGUGGCCAUCUGUGCGAAACCCACAUCAGCCCCAAUCCUUCCCGGCGCACAGAGCUGCUUUGUCUGAGGUGACGCCUUCUGGACCCCGUCUGUCCUUCCUCACAGCGCCCUCAGCGCCUUAAGCCAUCCUCCCCAGCCACAUUUUGGGAGAAAGAUGGAGUCCAAGGUCUCGGAAGGCGGCCUAAACGUGACGCUGACGAUCCGCCUGCUGAUGCACGGAAAGGAAGUCGGAAGCAUCAUUGGGAAGAAAGGAGAGACAGUGAAGAAGAUGCGUGAGGAGAGUGCCGCGAGGAUCAACAUCUCGGAGGGGAACUGCCCAGAGAGAAUCGUGACCAUCACGGGCCCCACAGACGCCAUCUUCAAGGCUUUUGCCAUGAUCGCGUACAAGUUUGAGGAGGACAUCAUCAACUCCAUGAGCAACAGCCCUGCCACCAGCAAGCCCCCGGUGACACUGCGGCUGGUGGUGCCUGCGAGCCAGUGCGGGUCCCUGAUCGGCAAAGGUGGCUCCAAGAUCAAGGAGAUCAGGGAGUCUACAGGUGCCCAGGUCCAGGUGGCCGGGGACAUGCUGCCCAACUCCACGGAGCGGGCGGUGACCAUCUCGGGGACCCCGGACGCCAUCAUCCAGUGUGUCAAGCAGAUCUGUGUGGUCAUGCUGGAGUCCCCACCGAAAGGUGCCACCAUUCCCUACCGCCCAAAGCCCGCCUCCACCCCUGUCAUUUUUGCAGGUGGUCAGGUAAGAGCCGACCCGCUCGCGGCCUCCACUGCCAACCUCAGCCUUUUACUGCAGCACCCGCCGCUGCCCGCCUACACCAUCCAGGGACAGUACGCCAUCCCCCACCCGGAUCAGUUGACCAAGCUCCACCAGUUGGCCAUGCAGCAAACCCCCUUUCCUCCCCUCGGACAGACCAACCCCGCUUUCCCCGGAGAAAAGCUGCCUUUACACUCCUCCGAAGAAGCUCAAAAUCUGAUGGGCCAGUCAUCAGGUCUGGACGCCAGUCCCCCAGCCAGCACUCACGAGCUCACCAUUCCCAAUGAUCUAAUAGGCUGCAUAAUCGGACGUCAAGGGACCAAAAUCAAUGAAAUUCGGCAGAUGUCUGGAGCUCAGAUCAAAAUUGCCAAUGCCACUGAAGGGUCGUCCGAGCGUCAGAUCACCAUCACGGGGACCCCGGCCAACAUCAGCCUUGCCCAGUAUCUCAUCAACGCCAGGCUGACGUCCGAGGUCACCGGGAUGGGCGCGCUCUAAUCCGGCCCAGCUUCCUCUGCGCCGCGACAGCCGCAUCACCGCCCGCGUGAGCCCACAGGCCGGCUCGCACACUGUACAGACCACCCGCCCUUCCUGCAGAUUCAGAGGGUCCUUGCGCGCAGAAAGGGUGUGUGCCACGACGCACGCGCACACUUGCAGCGAGGCAGAUCCGUUCUCCGCGAGCUCCAGGCCCCGCCCCCACCGCCUCUGUAAAUGCUCACUUAGGCCCCGCUCUGUCCGUGCGUCGCAUGCAGCCUCAGUUACUUUAAAUGCUUCGGGUGUUCCCACGAGACACUUAGAUGUGUUGUUACUCCGUGUCAGUGUACCUGUCUGUGCUAGGAGUCGGUUUGGCGUUUUGACAGCACAUCUGCACACCAUCCCCUCCCUCCCAGCUAGACCGGUUGCUCUGAAACCCCUCCUCUCCCACGUGGCCCUGUCUGCUGACCCGGUUUCCCCCCAGAGCCCGUGUAGUCUGGGAUCACGUUUGCACCUCAGGGCGUGUGCUGGGAUCGGGGCUGCCUUUCCUGCAAGCCGUGGGGAGUGUCAAGAGGGGCUCAGAGGAGGCCGGGCCUUGGCCUGGGUGCAGUGGUGGAGGGCGCUAGGCCCUAACUUCGCUGAGGUGUCAUGUGCAGGGAAGGGCCUGCGCCAGGUGUGUCUGGGGAGGGCGGGAAGCAGGGACGCACCAGGAAGCCCCCUGCGACCCUCGGAGCUCAAUAAAUGUCAUGGCCCCCACUG